AGUACGCAUAUCAAGUGCACGAUGUAAACCAAGCCAAUUAUACUAAAAAUUUUACAAAGUUGGCAAUUUUUAUUACUAACUCAGCAGCUUUUGGCUGCUCAUCACCGCUUGUCGCGUUACGCGGAUAUUUUUCAAGUAAACGCUAUUUAACCUCAAAUUAAAAAUGGACAUUCGUCCGAAUAAUACCAUCUAUAUCAACAAUUUAAAUGAGAAGAUCAAGAAAGAUGAAUUAAAGAAAUCAUUGUAUGCUAUCUUCUCUCAGUUUGGUCAAAUUCUGGAUAUUGUGGCGUUAAAAACAUUGAAGAUGCGUGGGCAAGCUUUUGUUAUUUUUAAGGAAAUAGGAAGUGCGACAAAUGCAUUGAGAUCUAUGCAAGGAUUUCCGUUUUAUGACAAACCAAUGAGGAUACAAUAUGCUAAGACUGACAGUGAUUUGAUAGCCAAAAUGAAGGGUACCUUCGCAGAACGUCCAAAGAAGCCAAAACGAGUUGUUCCAGCAGCAGAUGAGGAGGCUAAACGUGCCAAGAAACGCGCAAAGGAGCAGGCAAAACAUUCCCAACAAAUUGGUUACCAUGCUGGUGUACCUCAACAUCCAGGACUUGUCAAUACAGCUGUGCCUGAGCAACCACCAAAUCAGAUAUUAUUCUUAACAAAUCUACCGGACGAGACGAGUGAAAUGAUGUUAUCAAUGUUGUUUAAUCAAUUCCCAGGCUUCAAAGAGGUACGUUUGGUACCUAAUCGACACGAUAUUGCAUUUGUUGAAUUUGAAAAUGAAGUACAGUCCGGGGCAGCGAAAGAUGCUUUGCAAGGUUUCAAAAUCACACCGUCGCAUGCAAUGAAAAUAUCAUUUGCAAAGAAAUAAGUUUAACUUAUUUCUAACUUUUUUCUACUGUUAAUAUUUAAGUAAUAUAAGUGAAAAUUUGAUCAAGUAGAUAUUUCAAAAGUUAAUGCUAUGCUAUCGACUUCGAUUGUCUCGUCUGUAAUACUUUGCAGAAAAAUAUGUUUCAUUUAUUAUUCCUUAAUCUUAUUUUGUAGUGCUCAUCAAAUACAAUAUUACUUUAAGGUAGUUUACUGUGUCAUUUUGU